AUGCCACUCAACCUAGGAUACAACAGUGCCCACCCCUUCAGCAAGGUCCGCAUCCACGACCGAGCAUCCGUCCAAGAGCUCCUCCAAACCGUGCUCGACCCCCUGGAGCCAUUCUUCUCACCUGCAAAAGCAAGAGUGAGAUGCCCUGGCGGAACAGCCGUUCGCUUCGACCAAACGGCCUCGGAAGUUGAAGGAAUAUGUCGACCGCUCUGGGGCCUGGCAGCCCUGCUCGCGGGAGGCGGCGAAUACCAAGGGACAGACUGGUGGAUUCAGGGCAUCAAGGCCGGUACAGAUCCCGACAGUCAUGAAUUCUGGGGGUACCCAAGAGACAAUGAUCAACGAAUGGUGGAAAUGUGCCCUCUAGGAUUUGCCCUGGCGGUUAUACCCGGCAUCUGGGACAAGUUCACCACGCGAGAGCAAGGCAAUAUCGAGGCGUGGCUUGGCAACUCUAUCAAUGAGAAAAUCAUGCCCGAUACGAAUUGGCUUUGGUUCCGCGUAUUUGCAAACCUCGGCCUCAAGAAGUGUGGCGCGAAAUUCUCCCAGGACAGACUCGCCCGGGAUAUCAGCCACCUCGAGACGUUUUACCGCGGCGGCGGCUGGUCCAAUGAUGGGCCUGAAGGGAUUCAUCAGAUGGAUUAUUACUCGUCCAGCUUCGCCAUCCAGUUCCUGCAGCUCUUGUACGCACAACUAGCUGGAGACGAGGACCCGGAUCGAGCAGCCGAGUUCAGACAACGAGCCCAAUUGGCGGCUCUUGAUCUCGUGCAUUACUAUGACGAUCAAGGCAGGGCCAUACCCUUUGGGCGGAGCGUGGGAUAUCGUUUCGCCAUGGUCUCGUUCUGGGGCGCCCUGGCAUAUGCACAUGUUGAACUCCCCGCGCCUUUGACGUGGGGGAUGGUAAAGGGCAUUGUCCUUCGCAACCUGCGCUGGUGGCAGACACAGACUGAAAUGUGGACUUCAAGUGGCACUCUGUCACUGGGGUAUUCAUACCCCAACAUGUAUUUAACCGAGAACUACAACAGCCCGGCGAGCCCGUACUGGGCGUGCUUGGCCUUCAUUUGUCUGGCCGUGCCCGAAAGCCAUCCGUUCUGGACGUCCGAGGAAGAGCUUGUUAGCCACACGAUCCCUAGUGUUAAGGAGCUGCCACACCCCGGACAUAUCAUGAGCCGCCUGGGGGGCCACUGCAUGCUUUUAUCGUCGGGACAGGCAUGUGGCUAUCCCAUGAAGGCUACGCACGCCAAGUAUGGCGCAUUUGCCUACAGUAGCGCAUUUGGAUUUUCGGUUCCCCCCGGGUUGUUCUCGCUGGAACAGUACGCCUUGGCAUCACAGCUUGGUCUCUCCGAUGAUGGGGGUGAGUACUGGAAGACGAGGCGAGUCUCCGAGUACGCGGGCAUUGAAUACCGCGACGGCCAGCCAGUCCUCGUGUCGCGCUGGAAACCGUUCAGAGAUGUCAGAAUCACGACUACCCUAGUACCAUCUACCCCAAAGACCCCAAACUGGCACCUGAGGGUGCACUACAUACAGACGGGGCGGCAAUUGAUGACGGCCGAUGGAUCGUUCGCCAUUUGCAACGUCAACUCGGUCAAUGGCCGCUAUUUGGAGUCGUAUGACCAGGAACAGUGCGAGGGCACAAUGCCUAAAAUCAUUGGCAACUAUGACACGAAUUCGCCUGCCGGCUGGGCUACCGGUAAAGACGGGUCGUUUGCCGUACACGCUACCAAGGGAGCGGUUGGUAUCAAGGCUUUGGAACCGAUGGGUAGCCGACGGGCCAUGCUGGUCAAUGCAGAUCCUAAUUCGAAUCUCGUCGAUAGUCGCACAACGAUACCGACUCUGCAGGGCUCUAUUGAAACGGGCCAGGCGGCAUGGUACGUAUCUGCCAUAUACGCCAAGCCUGGUCAAGAUGGAGUGUCCAAGAUGACAUAUCUCGACGGCUGGCAGACGGCACCAAAUAUUCCUCGGUGGUUGUCGGUCGAAAUGAACAAGGACAAGGCGUAG